AUGGGCGCCGAAUGCAGUAAAUUCAUUCGUGAUCUAUGUUCCACUAUUUUUUGUUGCUGUAGAAAACGAAAACGUUCCGAUUUAACAAUACUUCCACCUGUUCCAAGGCAUCCAGACCCCUAUAAUCUUUCCACUCAACAGUAUUAUUCUACAAAUAAUCGGUUCCAAGACAAUGAUUUCCAACGGCAAAUGGCAGAGAACAGACAACGUUUUGACCAGAGAAUGGAUGAUGUAAGAAGACAAGUUGGUCUUCCAACAAGUGGUUUCUCAGCUGAUCUGGAGAGUCAAAACUACCAGAUAGGACGAGAAGAACGAGAAAGAAGGGAAGAAGCUGAGCAUCAAAAAAGACUCGAGAAAAUAAGAGCUGAAUCUCGAGAAAAAAGAGAACGAAUUCGCCGCUUGAAUGAUGAAAGUGAGAGGGAAGAAAAUCGAAGGUUGAGAAUGGAAAGAGAAUUACAAAAUGAUCGUGUUCAAGAAAUGAUUGAAAGAGCAAGAGAAGAUAACAAGCGAAAGAAUCGAGAAAUGGAAAAUGAAACUGAAAGAGAAAUCAAGAGAAUUAGAGAGGAGGGAAAGUUUGAUAAUGAAGAACAUGAGAGAGAAAAGGAGAGAUUGCAACUAAGAUCAAGACUAGUUGAUGACCGAAUACAGAAUAAUGAUCUGAAUUUCCGUCGGGAAAAUAUCGAAAGAGAACAAGAACUUCAACGAGCACAAGACGAACAGAAUAAACGUAGAAGGAAAAUUGACAAUGAUUUCGAAAGGAAACGGGAGAGAAUGUAUGAAGAAGCUGAGAGAAGACGAACGGAAAUGAACAGACAAUUUGAAGAAAUUCAGAAGAUGAUGUUGAGAAAAGUGUGGAAUGAAAUUAUUGAGAGGAACUGGACUAAUCGACUGAAUUCAUUGAGAAAUGCCAACAAUGAUUCCAAAAGACUGGUAUCCCGUUGCUUGCGAGCUACACCCAAUCCUUCGGACGUUGAAGAAUGGAAAGAAGUUCUGAAAACUCUUCGAAGAACGAUGCAUGACGAAUCUUCGAACUUGUCACAAAUGUAUUCUAACACUGGAAAGAGUUUCCUUAUAGAUAUAAAAGACUCUGUGAAUCUCGUUUCUCAGAAAUGUGAUGCUCUUCUCGGUGCAUUACAUAACGGAGAAAAUGCGAGUCAUCUACGACAGUUAUCGAAUGAAGUCGACAGAUCGUGCAUGUCGAUUCCAACACUUGCGGAGCUGAAAAAUAAUUACUAUACUGAAAUGAGAAACAAUUCUUCGCUUUGA